AAUAUUUUUAACCGGGUUGAAAAAGUAUAUUAGAAUUCUCAAAAAUAUCUUCUUAACAAAGUUCAAAAUAUUGUUCUAAAACUUUAACAUUAAACAUUUAACAACAUUCCGACCAUUAUCAACACUAACGCGCUCGCCUAAAAAUAGACAAUAGUUUUGUACGAAUAAUAAAAGGUAGUUGUACAAUAAUUGAAAGCAAUCAGGGCUUUAUUAAAGGAAACACUGUGCCGCAUAUAUUUAUACAAUUCCAUGCUAAUAUGAAUACAUAUAUUUUAUAAAUAAAAACGCAAAGAAUAAAGAGGCCAUACAAAAAUCCGCAUACGAAUUGAGACAUUUUACAAAUUGACUACCUGAGACAGUGGCAGUAUCUACACAAAUUCGGUUGGCUUGUAUACCGCUAAUUGAAUUAAGUAAAACAUCACUUUGAGUUCUUCCAUACAACUCGCACUGCCAAAGUUAAUCCAUAACUGAAACGCUAAAAAAUGGAGCCAAAUCUCAUACAGCAACUCAUCAACGCAACCGAAAAGGCAGCUAAUAUUGCACGUGUCUGUCGCUCCAAUGAGGCUUUACUGAAGUUGUUGGUGCAGGAAAAAACCGGACCGGAAGCGAAUGCGCGCUUCGAACACGAUUUCAAAACCCUCGCUGAUGUGCUAAUACAAGAGACCAUCAAACGUGAUAUUGCUGCUGUGUUUCCUGCAAUGCGCGAUGCCAUUAAAGGCGAAGAAUCGCCGAACUUUACAAAUGCGGAUGGCGAGUCAACGGUUAUAGUCGUAGGAGAGACAGCAGAGGAAACAGCACAGUGUCUGGCGGCGAUACUAAAUGUCGAAGCGGCGGAAGUACUUGCCGGUGAAGUGCAUCGCGAUGUGGCGUACGAAGAAGCGCUUUUGGGUGAAAUUCCAGUGCUGCCAAAAGAUUUGGAUUAUAGCAACUUGGGUAUUUGGAUAGAUCCAAUUGACGGCACUGCUGAGUACAUAUCUGGCGAUAGCAUUUUCACCGACUUUCCAGGCAUAACUUCAACUGGUUUAGAUUGUGUUACCGUGUUGGUUGGCGUAUACGAACGCACGACUGGUAUACCCGUGAUUGGUGUUGUCUCCCAACCUUUCCACAACAAGCUGGAUGAAAAUGUGUACCGUUCACUAGUGUUCUGGGGUGUUUGUCUACCGGACUUGCAAGCGAAUAAUUGUCAAUUUGAACGACCAGCGCGCGAAAAUCGUUUGGGCAUAUUCUCCAGCUCUGAAAAUGGUGAUAUACUACAACACAUUAUGGAGUUGGGCUAUGAGUUCGCAUUUGCAGCUGGUGCUGGCCAUAAAGCAUUGAAAGUUAUUACGUGGGAAGUGGAUUUGUAUUUGUUAAGCAAAGGUUCGACUUUCAAAUGGGAUACUUGUGCACCACAAGCCAUAUUGCGCUCGCUAGGAGGCGAUAUCUUCAGUUACCGGGGUAGUAUUAGUGAAUGCAAGCCAAUACCACUUAGCUAUCUGGAGGAAGAUGAAGAGAAGGAAAAUACUAAAUGCAAUAAAGAUGGCUUAGUCGCGGUGCGUGAUGUGAGCUUAAUGGAUGAUUUGUUGACGAAUUUGGCCGGCUAAGCAUAAACGAUGGAAAGUAAAUUGAGUUAAUGAAGGAAAAAGCAGAAGAUUUGGUUCUCAAAAAAUAUAAAUAGCCAGGUGCAUGUUGGCAUUCCUUUCUACUUCCAUAUAUGUAUUUGUAUGUGUGGACUUUUGCUAGAGUCUCAUUAUUUUGCUAUUGCUAUUAUUUGUAAUGAUGUUGUUGUUAAAGUUAUUUUGGCAUGGUAUUUAAAAGUAAAUAUAUUGUAUUUUAGCAUAAAUUAUAAGGCAAGUGCAAUGUUAACAAUCAAAGCUAAAUAUUAUACUUAAUUUUGUGAUGCGUGCAAAUACGCUUUGGACAAGUAUACCUACAUAUAAAUAGGUCUGUUUAUGUAAAAAUUAUCCAGUAACUUAAUUUCUGAGAAUUCGCGCUCAAAGUGAAAAAUAUCAAAAACAAAAAAAAAAAAAAUGCUGAACGCAAAACUAGUAACAAUUUGCAAAUUUUACGAACAGCUGAUUAAAAUGUUAGGGGAAAAAACAGAAAAAUUAGAAGAAUUUUCAGUGGAGCUACCUCGUAUUUAACUAAAAAAAAUGAAGAAAAUAAAAUGCAAAAUAACGAGUUUAGCAUUACAUCGUUGUUUUUUUUUGUCCACAAUAAUUUCUUCCUUUUCAUCUUCGUUGUCAGUUGAAAUUACCCAUUCAAUUAGAAAUUGUGUUGUUAUGGCAAACAGAGCUUUCUUCAUAUGCAUCUUUGUAUGUUUAUAUAUUGCCAAAUUAGUUAAGCGGUUACAUGGGUUUCGUCGGGUAAGAAAGGCCUAUUUUCAAUAUUUUUUCUUCUAUGUAAAAAAUUAUUUAUUUAAUUCAAACUUUUUUCUGUCUUAUAGAUACAUAUUUAAAGAAUAAUUUCAGAAAUUUUCAAAAAAAAAUUUAAACUCCUCCAUUGUGACGUCACUUCCGGUGACCCCUCGAAAAAAGUUGCGUCCGCGUUGUCAGCAUAACUCCUGACAGGCUCAUCAAAAAUGAAAAAACAAAAAUAAGUGUUUUAGUUAAGACCAUAAACUCGUGCUUGAACGAAGGAAAGAAAAAAAGUAAAACUCGGAAUUUUGGCAAACAUUCUUCCAAAAAAAAUGAAAAUUUCGGUCAAAUUUGAUUGACAUUUUGUUUUUUUUAAAUAGUUGUAAUUGAAAAAAAAAAAAAAAAAAAAUCCUUCGAUCAAGCCCGAGUAAAUUGUAUUUCGAACACCUGUGUAAAAUUUCAUCAAGAUCGAUUGAGUAGUUUUCGAUAACAUUGACAACCGACUUUGAAAACACAGUUCCGAGAAAAACGCAUUUAAAGUUUGAGUAACAAUAAAAGUGGCUUGGAGUGUACACAUUCCAAAGGCUGUAUCUCCGAAUUUAUUUUUCGGAUCGACUUGAAAAUUUAGGAUAAUAUUCCUGAGAUGUUGUAGAAAUUAAUAAGCAAAACAAAAAUAGAUCGAUUUUUUGAACCAACGAAACCCAUGUAACCCCUUAAUAACCAAAAAGUACAAGCAUAAAACACAAAAGGCAUCUUCAAUACUUUCGAUUUGUAUUUUGGAAACUGCAGCAACGGCGACUGUAGGCUGUUAUACAGAAGUGCAUUGCUUCAUAUUAUUAGCCAAUUCCUAUUUAAUAAACUUAAUAUAUUUUAUCUAAGAUAUGUUCACUUACAAUCUGCAUUUUAAUCACUAUUUUAUUUUUUAAUUCAGAACUUUGACUCAAUUCGCAAUUGACAUUUCUUAAAUUUUAGUUCAAAUUUAUUUACUUGCAAUCUCCAUUUUAAUCACUAUUUUUAUUAAUAUUUAGAACUUUGACUCAAUUCGCAAAUUCGAAAUUGUUUAUUUUUUCCUUCCGAUCAGCUGUUUUUCUCACUUACGAGUAAAAAUUUAUCCAGCAAAAACUUGCGACUUCCCCUCAAAAUGUAAUGCCAUUUAGCUCUCUCACUUUCCCCUACUUUGCAAGUCUUUUGGAUGCAUGAACGCCAAAGCUGCGUAGUUUGUAACAAUUGCCACAACUUCCUUGCUUCAUGAACAGACCUAAUAUUAUAUUUAUAGUCACUAAGUUUGCUUGGGAAUAUUAUUUUAUUGAUAUUAAAAUCAAAACGCAGUUUUAAAAGCUACAUUAGCUACUGUAGCUGAAUAAUGCUAUAAAACUGUAACUUCAUUUAGUAUUUAAACAAAUUAAUACACUUUGCAUAAACUUCAGAAUUUAUUGCUCUCUCAUCGACCUGGCUACCACAAAAUGCGUAUCUGAUAAAAAAUGAACGACCUUGCCGUUUUUUGAUUUUUCAAAGUAGUUCAAUUGAAAUCUAUGUUAUUUAGCAAAGAUCACCACCACCCUCCAAUAAACCUAAUUCUCAAUCGAGUGUUCCUCGAUAGAUGUUAAAACAUUUUAUUGGAUUUAUUGUUUUUAUUGUUUCCAAUACACAUUAUGGUACGCUAUUGCAAAUACAACUAAAUAAACAAUGACACAUUAUUGUAAGACAUUACCAAUACAAAAAUAAACAAAAAAUCAAAUCAAAAUACUAAUUAAAUGUAAAAAUUGUAAAAUAUAUGUACGCGAAAUUCUUUGAUGUUUCAAAACAAAAAAUGUGUACAAAUAUUUAUUAUUAAGUUAGCUGCAGAAUAAGUUUACAUUUUCAAUACAUUAAAUUACAACAGAUGCACUUUGAGAAAGAAACGUUAACAUUUAAUACAAUAUAUCUAAUCUUUGUAAAAUUAUUUGUUCAAAAUGUGCAUUAAAUAUUAAUGGCUGAGCAAAAAACACAGCAACAUAGACACAUACAGGGAGCGGUCGUA